GAGUAUCCAAGAGUAAAAAUUGGUGUGUUCAUUGAACAACCCACUCCUUUCCUACCUAAAUUUUUAGAUAGAGUGUUGGCUCUGGACUACCCAAAGGAGGCACUCAGUAUCUUCAUUCAUAAUAAUGAGGUUUACCAUGAAAAGCACAUCAAGAAAUUCUGGGAAAAAGCCAAGAACAUUAUCAGAAAUAUAAAAAUUGUUGGACCUGAAGAAAAUUUGAGUCAAGCAGAAGCCCGGAACAUGGGAAUGGACCAUUGUCGCCAGGAUAAAGCUUGUGAAUAUUACUUCAGCAUAGAUGCAGAUGUCAUGCUGACAAACCCUAAAACUUUAAGAAUACUGAUAGAACAGAACAGAAAGAUAAUUGCUCCACUUGUAACUCGCCAUGGGAAACUUUGGUCCAAUUUCUGGGGUGCUUUGAGCCCAGAUGGCUAUUAUGCUCGAUCAGAAGAUUAUGUUGAUAUUGUCCAAGGGAACAGAGUAGGAGUGUGGAAUAUUCCUUAUAUGGCUAAUAUAUACUUAAUUAAGGGACAAACUCUCAGAUCAGAGAUGAAAGAAAAGAACUACUUUAUGCGUGAUAAGUUGGAUCCUGAUAUGGCUCUGUGCAGGAAUGCCAGGGAAAUGACUUUACAAAGGGAAAAAGACUCCCCUUCUUCGGAAACAUUCCAUAUGCUCAGACCCCCAAAGGGUGUUUUCAUGUACAUUACCAACAGACAUGAAUUCGGAAGACUUAUUUCUACAGCCAAUUACAAUACCUCCCACUACAACAAUGACCUCUGGCAGAUAUUUGAAAAUCCUGUGGACUGGAAGGAAACCUAUAUAAAUCCCAACUACUCAAAGAUCUUCACUGAUAACAUAGUAGAACAGCCAUGUCCGGAUGUGUUUUGGUUUCCCAUAUUUUCUGACACUGCCUGUGAUGAAUUGGUGGAAGAAAUGGAACAUUUUGGACAGUGGUCUGGUGGAAAACACCAGGACAGCCGUAUUUCUGGAGGUUAUGAAAAUGUCCCAACUGAUGAUAUUCAUAUGAAGCAAAUUGGACUGGAUAAUGAAUGGCUGCAUUUCAUAAGGGAGUUCAUUGCACCAGUAACGCUGAAAGUGUUUGCUGGCUAUUAUACCAAGGGGUUUGCUUUAUUGAAUUUUGUUGUAAAAUAUAGCCCUGAUAGACAACGGUCACUCAGACCUCAUCACGACUCCUCUACGUUCACAAUCAACAUCGCUCUCAACAAAGUAGGAGAGGAUUUUCAAGGAGGUGGCUGCAAAUUUCUUAGGUACAACUGCUCCAUUGAGUCUCCCAGGAAAGGAUGGAGUUUCAUGCACCCAGGAAGACUUACUCAUUUACAUGAAGGACUUCCUAUCUUGAACGGCACAAGAUACAUUGCAGUAUCAUUUAUUGAUCCUUAAUUUUAUUUUUUUCCCCUCUUCAACAUCAGUGUUUGGUUCUUUACAUAAACAUUUAUUUAUAGAUUUCUUCUGGAAGAUGGUGAUAAGAAACUUUGUUACUGUUCCUAGACAGCAAAGUUAUGUUGACCUAAAAGAAUGAAAAAAG